CUCUUGACCGGAAACUGUCAUAUAUAUUCAUUUGGAUGACGUCUCCGCGGAACGUAGGGAGCUUUCUUUCCUCCGGAGAGCGAGCUAUCCAACCAACCAACCAACCAUCCAUCCAUCCAUCCAUCUAUCUAUCCAUCAUCUACCUAGCUAUCCAUCAGAGCGUAGAUGCGUGGAGAGGGAAUUACACAGGAGUACCGAGCGUCAGCGACUAAUUAAGAAUGGCCUAACAAUGCUGCUGCAGAAUAAACGCAGGCUCCUGAAUACUAAGCGACCCCGCUCAAGCUACCAAGAUGGGGAACGGAUUAUCGGAAUUCACCUGCCUCUUGCCCUUCCAGCCUCUACACAUUGUCAUUCUGGGAUUGGAUUGCGCCGGCAAGACCACGGUGCUAUAUCGGCUGCGAUUCGACGAGUUUGUCAACACUGUCCCGACCAAGGGUUUCAACAGCGAGAAGAUAAAAGCGUCGCUCGGGGAUAGCCGGCGGACAGCGUCCUUUCACUUCUGGGACGUUGGAGGUCAAGAGAAGCUUCGACCUCUGUGGCGUUCCUACACCCGCUGCGCCGACGGCAUGGUGUUUGUGGUGGACUCUGUGGACGCCGAGCGCAUGGAGGAGGCCAAGACGGAACUGCACAAGAUCACCCGGCUGGCAGAGAACCAAGGCGUGCCCGUGCUGGUUGUGGCCAAUAAGCAGGACUUGAGGAACUCACUGACCAUGACGGAGAUGGAGAAGAUGUUGGCUCUGGGCGAGCUUAGCGCCGCCACGCCCUGGCACCUGCAGCCGGCUUGCGCUAUCAUCGGCGAGGGCCUGCCCGAAGGCCUGGCCAAACUGCACGCCAUGAUCGCAAAGAGGCGCAAGUUGCUGCGACAACAGAAGAAGAAGAGGAAGAGAUGAUGUGGCAAAUACACCGCAACUAACUCAAAGGAUCUUUUUGCCACCAUCCUGGGAUGUUUGUUCAGGUCACUUUGCAUUAGAGGACCAUCUGAUCCAUUCUGCCCUAUGGACAUUGAAUGCUACCAAAAAGUGGGGACAAUCAAACUUCCUGUUGCCAAAAAA